UAUAUCUGUAUAUAUAUAAGGAAUAAGGAUAUAAGACACACGGUUACUUAGCAACGUUCUUACAAAACAGUCCACUCUAAAUGUCAAGCCCGACUGAUUUGUAUAGACGUAGUCAGCUGAUGUGAGACUAUAGAUUUAGUGGUAUCGUCAUUAUUAUUCGUGUUAAUUUUUUUACAAUCCUUGAAGAAACCGGUAUAUUACAUAAAUCUUUUUACACCUUUUUUGAUAUCUAUAAAAAUGGGUCCCAAGAAAGCAAAAGGGAAAGCAACCGAUAACGUCGAUGGGGUAGACACAACAAAAAUGAAUAGAGAGCAAUUGGAAAUAUAUGCUCAUAAGAUAUUGGAAGAGAUGGAACGUGAACGGGAGGAAAGAAAUUUUUUUCAACUAGAGAGAGACAAAUUGCGAACUUUUUGGGAAAUUACGAGACAUCAGCUGGAUGAAGCACGUGCUGUAGUCAGAAAUAAAGAACGUGAGAAGGAAGAAUUAGCAGAGAAUCAUGAAGCUGAACUUAAAUUAUACAAGCAGAAAGUAAAACAUUUGAUGUAUGAGCAUCAGACUAAUUUGUCUGAAACCAAGGCCGAUCAUCUGGUUGCUCUUAAACUGGCGCAAGACGAUCAUGUCGUGCAAGAAAACGAGCUUAUUAAAGACAAGACGGAGCUAAAAAAAGUGCAGAAAGAACAAGAAUUGGCGUAUAUGAACGAAAUCCGCGCAUUGAAACUGCACAAUUCGGAGGAAAUGAGCAAUAUGAUGAAGAAAUUUGAAUCUGAAGCGGUAGAAUUGGAGCAGAAAUACGAACAAAAAUUAACUAGUCAAUAUGAGUCCUUGAUAUUGAAGCAUCGCAUGGAAAUAACCGAAGUGGAAGAGAGGAAAAACGCGCAGAUCGCUAACCUGAUAAAGAAUCACGAGAAUGCGUUUACUGAAAUGAAAAAUUAUUACAACGAUAUCACUCUGAAUAACUUAUCGUUAAUUAAGAGCAUGAAGGAACAAAUGGAAGUAAUGAGAAACAAUGAGGAACGUAUGAAGAAGCAAGUACGAGAAUUGACAGCAGAGAAUAAAAAAUAUUCGGCUGACCUGAAAGCUUCGCAGGAAACGGCUGCCGAACUUAAUCGGCAACUUGCAAAUUACGAGAAAGACAAACAAUGCUUAGUUAAUACAAAACGGAGAUUGUCCACAGUGGUAAAAGAUUUAGAAAAUUUAAAAUGGGAGAAUGAAGUUCUCGAGCUGCGUUUUGAAAAAUGUCAAUCCGAGAGAGACGAGUUACAUUCUAGAUUUGUCUCGGCUAUAUUCGAACUGCAACAGAAAACGGGUUUAAAGAAUGUGCUCUUGGAAAAAAAAUUAGAAAAGUUGUCGGACUUACUGGAGCAACGUGAAGCGCAGAUUAGCGAAGUGUUAGCUGCUGCCCAAUUGGAUCCUGCGGCGGUGGUUAGUGUGAAUAAGAAAUUAGAGGAUAUGCUCAAUAGAAAAAAUACUGCAAUAAAAGACCUACAAUAUGAAUUAGCGAAAGUGUGUAAAGCACACGACGAUUUGUUAGCGGCUUAUGAGAGUAAACUGCAAGAAUACGGAAUUCCCAAGUCUGAACUUGGAUUUCAGCCUCUGAGGAUGAAGAUAGCCGGUACAAAAUUGGGCUUGGGUCCAGCUAGUCUCGUUACCUCAAAUCAGUAAUAUAUUUUAUAAAUGUUUAUAUAUAAUCGAUUUAUGAAAAAUUUAUAUUCCUUGUCUGAGAAAAUCAUACUGACAAGUGACAUGCUUUAUCGCUAUUUUUAUAUACCUAUUUUAAUGGAAGAGAUAAUAAGUUUUUAAUAAGCCGUAUAAUACUUGACAUGUGUCUAGUAGUACACUAUACAAACUAUUCGGUAAUACGCGCAUUUAAUGCAUCUAACGAUAAUUACUAAAAAGCGAUACUUCAAAAAACCUUAUCUUUAAAUAUAAUAGAUAUAUAGAAUUAAUUUUGACACAGAGUAUUUUUAUUCUGUAAAACAAAUACAUUUUAGCUUAUGCGUUAUGUUCUCAAAAAUUACAUAAAAUUAUCACAGAGAAUGUACAGAGUAGAUUGUAUCGAUGCCUGGAAGUUGUAUAGUCUCAGUAAUUAUUCAACAUAUUUAUGCU